AUGGCCACAUCCCCAAAGCCAGUCAUCCUUGUCCUCUCCACUGGCGAGAAGUGGAUGCAAGGCAUGUGCGAUGACCCCACCAGCUUCGGCGCCGGCCUGUUCGACCUCAUGAAGCACGCAGACCUCAAGCGCGCCCGCACCGUCAGAGGCGCCCUCACCUGGCUCAACAACAACACCGCCUCCCCGCCCGACGGGAUCCUCGUGACCGACCCGGGCAUCGCCACCCCAGCCGCCAAGGAACUGCUCGACCGCGUGGUGGCGUACGCGCGUGCCGGCGGCGGCACCGUCGUCAUGAGCUACUGCUUCUCGAGCAACAUGCGCAUGGACGACAUGAAGAAAUUUUGGAAGCAGGCAUGGGACCUGCCCUGGGAGCCGGCGUCGUACCACCGGACGAAGCUCACGCUCAACGAGUCCUCCUCGACGCUCCGGGGGGAGCAAGUGGCGGAGCUGCAGAAGGUGUAUAGCCAGAAGGCGCUGUGCCUGAAGAAUGUGCGGCGCGAGCACUGUUGGUAUCUGCCCACCGAGGACUCGCGCAUUCAGUCGGCUGUUUUCCCACCCGAUCCCGUGAAACAGAAUGAGGCGGCUGUUGUCUUUGCGCCAGUUGGUCAGGGUCGUGUGGGCUACACGGGGGAUGUGAACAUGGAGGACGGAACGUACAUGGUCGUGAAGAGGAUGUUUGGGCUGUGA